AUGGUCGCAUCAUCGCACGAACGUACUUGGCCGCCCUCGAGAAGUCGUGGUCACCCGAGCCUUCGAUUCAGGACGAAUUCGUUUAUCUUGCCGAGCCUAGCCAUAUUGAUCUCCGGUUCGUUAUCAUCGUCAUCGGCUCAUCCGGAACCCGGCGCCAAGACAUAUGAUAACAUCCGAUAUGCAAGCAUCCAUGCUUACUCCUACCGCGUCACACCCAACGUCGGGUCUACCAACGGAGAACAAAUCGCACCAUCGUCCCCCUAUCUCAUCGUACUCUUCGGUGACGUAGAAGAAGUGACCGAAGAGGGGCUGCGCCAUGCAGACCUCAAACUUGAAGCCAGAAUACAAGACUCCAGCGUUUCGCCAAGCCUUGUUGCAGGUCCUGCAAGCCAUUCGAGUUCCGACCUGGACUUCGUCAACACUCGAUCCAAGUCUGGUCAAGAUCGCCAAAGUAUCGGGCGCGCUCACCAACGCUGUGUUCUUCGUCUCAUACGUGGGCACUGCUCCCGCAUCCCAUUCGUCCACCCCUCACCUGACCCCGCACUCAAGCUCUUCUCGCUUCAACUUAUCGCUCCACGAACUGUUUUACUCCGUAUCUACGGCCCUUCGUCCUCCAUCCUCAUUUCUCGGGCAGACGAACUUCAUACCCUCCAUCUUUUGUCUUCCAACUAUCGAAUCGGACCACGAGUAUAUGGCACGUUUCAAAACGGCCGUGUCGAGGAAUGGUUCGACUCGACACGCUCAAGAAGGAAGACAUGCGUGAUGCACCCAAAGGUAUCAUGGAAUGGACAAGAGUCGUUGUACAAGAACAUUGUUUCGUGGCAGGGAGCAGCACAAGAAACGCUUGUCAUGCUCGAGGCCAAGGAACGAAAGGGUGAAAUCCCUCCCGGACAUGUUUGGCACGGUCGAAGGGAGGAACUCAAUCUUGGAAAGUUCAUGCGUGCAUGGGAAGCGUACUGGAGCUGGUUGCAGAAAUGGGAGAGCGAGUUUGGGCGGAGUGAAAUGGUCUUUGCUCACAACGAUGCGCAAUACGGAAACCUGCUAUAUGCCAACAAACUCGCCCCUGGAAAGCCGGAACACCACCGCAUAAUCGUUGUUGACUUUGAAUAUGCUGGCCCAAAUCCAGCCGCUUAUGACAUUGCAAACCACUUCCAUGAGUGGACGGCGGACUAUCACUCGGACACGCCCCAUGUUCUGACCGCCUCCCGUUACCCCACGCGUGAAGAACGACGGAAUUUUUACUUUGGUUCCGUCGAGGAGUUCUCGUUCCACGGGUCUGGAUCCUCUUCCUCGAUCAAUUCGCUGGGGGUCCCCUCCCAUCAUUCGUCUUCGGGGUCAUUGUUCCCUAUUGAUCUGUCGACUACCCGAGGGCAGGCAGAGCUUGAAGAAGCGAUCAGUAUUCUAGACGGCCAAGUGUAUGCAUGGUCGCCUGCCUCACACGCUCACUGGAUCAUCUGGGGGAUAAUCCAGGCGAGCGACGAUAUCACCAACGGAGAAAUCUCAGAUUUUGACUAUCUGCAUAUGCUGCCGAUCGAAUGGCAAGUUUUACAAUGA